AUGGCUCACCCCGCCCUCCCCCACCAUGACGGUCUCCGACACUUGCGAAGCGAAAAACGGCUCUCAUCGGCCUCAACUGCCGUGCUUGCGAACGACGUGAUAUUGGACAACAUUCUCACCGAGCUCGACGUCCACGACGUUCUCAGACUUCGUCAGGUCAGCACACAAUACCGAAGUCUCACCAAUGAACCCGCCACCUGGAAACGUCUCAUCGCCGAGGGCACACAUCAGCUCCCCCCUGUUCCACCAACAACGCGUUAUUCGUUCGCAAAUCUCACCAGUGUCGAGGCCGAGCGACUCAUCUCUCGUGCCGUCGACCUCCCGGCACGAUGGAAUCGUCCCUCGCAAACUGCGCUCCGUCGCUGGGACAUCGAUGCACACCGCAACGUACUCGAGAUGGCCCUUCUCCCUGGCGGCCAGUACAUCGUCGCCUCCAUCGUCGACUCCAAGGGCCAGCACUCUGUUGAAGUGCUCACGUCCGACUACGGCUACGCGGUCGGGUUCCCGGUUGCACAAGUCAAGACCUCGACGAGAGCGUUCGGGGUGCAAGCCAAGUACUUGACGUCCGAGGGAGUACAGGGCAUUGCGAUUGCGUAUACGCGAAGGGAUUACAAGCGGGAGAAGUAUUCGUUCAGGUUCAACAUCGAUGACUACGAGCCGCAGGAAGAUAUCCCGGAGCGUCUGGCGAAGAUGAUCAAGUAUGUCUGCACCGUAGUCCACGUCCCGCUAGACGACCUCGAGCGAUUUUGCGACGACACGCGACCCCCGAAUGUGCAACGCUCCCUCUCCGCCCAUGACAUGCGGCCGCCUUUCCGUUUGCUAGCGGACAUUGUGUCGCGGUCGCGCAUCAGCAACACCAUCAUCGCCGAAGACGUGGAAGGCACCCCUUAUGUGACGGUCCUCAAGGGUACAGACCGGGUGCUGUUCAAGAAUCUGGACGGCGGACUAGGAUGCACGAUGCAGUGUACGCCUCAUCCCGACUUCGUCGAUCUCCCCCACGCAAUCCUCGCGUUCACGGUCCUCUUCGCGCAACAACAAUUUUUUAUCGUCCGGCGAGCGGGGCCGAAUGAGGCCAUCGACGGCCACGGACCAUACUACUUCACCGAACUGUAUCCCAUCACCUACCGCCCUUCAGAGACCCUUACCCUUCCCGCUGCAGCGCGAACAGCGGCGCUCGACUCGCGCGGAAACAUCUGGCGACAAGUAAUGUUCUCCGACCCCACGAACCCCCACGAGCUCCCCGGAUGCGCCCCGUCGGUGAACGUCCCUCCGCCGCUGCUCAUCUUCGUGGGUGCGUCGAAGACCUACGGAGUCAUUUACGAAGCCCUCUUCCCCGAGCCGAUCCCUCCACCGCCCUCAUCUACUCCCACCGAACACGAAACGGCCGAAGCCCCAGGCACGGCUCCUGCUCUUCCAAGAUACGCGUACAACAUUUCGGAAGACAUGCUCCAACUCGACCCACUCCCGGCCGAGAUAGACGCGCUCGCGGAGGUGUACGACCACAUCGUCCUCCCGGGGGCCCUCCGGCCCCUCGUCUGCACCAUCCCCCGUCGUCCGUCCGCGGUGGACGGGUCCGAAGCGGACUGGGAGCACGGGCUCGGCGACGAGGGGAGCACCACGGGCUCCGUCGCGACCUCGUCCACGUACACGGGCGGCUUCGACGUCCGGGCGCUGAGCGGGGUCCUGGACGACCGCCUCGUAUGCACCCCUGAAAUUCCGCAGGACACGCCCCCGACCGACGCUCCUCCGCCAGACCCCGCCGCUCCCGGAGACGCAGACGGCACCCCGACCGACGACGGGGGCGGGGACGACGACGGGACGACGACGAUGCUCGCGCUCGCGGCGCGCGACCUGCGCGGGGUCGCCGCGCUCGCGUGGGACGAGACGAUCAACCGGCUGUGCGUCGCGUACGCGCGCUCGACGCGCGUCGCGGUCUUUGACUUUGCGCCCGGCGCGCGGCUCCCGCGUGGGUGCCGGUACGGGGUGCGCUCGGACGAGUUCUACCGGAGUCGCGGGUGA